AUGCAGGCCAUUCCCAGAACGGCGGCGCGCUCGGCGCUGCAGCAGGCGAGCCGUCGCAGCUACAGCAGCGCUUCGUCCCCGUACUCCAAGACGAUCGAGAACCUGCGCAUCAAUGGCGACACCAAAGUCAUCUUCCAGGGUUUCACGGGAAAGCAGGGAACUUUCCACGCUCGUCAAGCGAUCGAGUACGGCACCAAGGUUGUCGGCGGCACGAACCCCAAGAAGGCCGGUCAGACUCACCUGGACCUCCCCGUCUUCAAGAACGUCUCCGAGGCGGUCAACAGCACGGGCGCCACCGCGACGGCCCUCUUCGUCCCCCCCCCUCUGGCCGCGGCCGGUAUUGAGGAGGCUCUGGAGGCGGAGAUCCCGCUCGUCGUCUGCAUCACCGAAGGCAUCCCCCAGCACGACAUGGUGCGCAUCACGUCGAUGCUCAAGUCGCAGUCCAAGACGCGUCUCGUCGGCCCCAACUGCCCCGGCAUUAUCGCCCCGGGCCAGUGCAAGAUCGGCAUCAUGCCCGGCUUCAUCCACAAGCGCGGCCGCAUCGGCAUCGUCUCCCGCUCCGGCACCCUGACGUACGAGGCCGUCAACCAGACGACCCAAGCCGGCCUGGGCCAGUCCCUCGUCGUCGGCAUCGGCGGCGACCCCUUCAGCGGCACCAACUUCAUCGACUGCCUGAAGGUCUUCAUCGAGGACGAGGAGACGGACGGCAUCAUCAUGAUUGGCGAGAUUGGUGGAUCCGCCGAGGAGGACGCGGCCGAUUUCCUGAAGCAGGCCAACACGGCCGGCGGCGGCAAGCCCGUCGUCUCCUUCAUCGCCGGCAUCUCGGCCCCCCCCGGCCGUCGCAUGGGCCACGCCGGUGCCAUCGUCUCCGGCGGCAAGGGCGGCGCCGACUCCAAGAUCAAGGCGCUCGAGCACGCCGGCGUCAUCGUCGAGCGCUCCCCCGCCGGUCUCGGCAAGGCGCUGUACGACGAGUUUGUCCGACGGGACCUUUUGUAA